AGACGGGACUGGAAAGUGAAAGCUAUUGGAGUCAGUGACGGAAGUUAAGUAUAUUGUCAUGCUGGCCAAGCAGGGAGAUUGAUAGAUAAACAAGCCCGGCUAGUUAUUAUAGGCUUAUUAUAGCUAGAAAAUAAAGGGAUUUAUUUCAGUAAGAAACACUACAACGCAUGAACAUUUUACUGCUGUAUGGAAAACGCAACAACGCAGCCAGAGUGGUGGGAGUGGCACCUUUUUUUGUGAAUAUGAACCAAGAAUGGUAGCCUACAUACAAAUGAAUAUUCUUGGCAUCUCUGUCUUUUCUCUCAUGCUGCUACCUCUGGUGUUGUCUUGUGGCAGCAACAGGACUAUGAGAGAGAUCGCUGAGGACUACGAGACUGUCAUCUACCCGCUUCUUCAGAACCUUGAGAACAACAUCACGGAAUCAUUAAAAGUGGUUAAUAAAACCUGCACGGAGAAGGAAAUCGCUGAAUGUGAGAAGGAUAAAGAGAGACAGUUCAUCCACAACAUGCUGUGUAGCCAUACCAGACUCAUCAGGCUCUAUAAGCUAGAGAGGCUCAAGAGAGACAUCCUGUGCUCACUGGGCCGCCACUGUCCUAGAAAACAGAGGAGUUCACAAGGACAGAGCGCUCACCAUCAGAAUAGAAAGAAGUCAGGAGGAGAAAGGGAGGAGGAAAACAAGAAAAACGAGGAGAACAGAGGGACCACGGAGGAAGGAGGGGAGAGGGUGGACAGUGGGAAACAGCAGAGACGAGAUAAAGGGGAGGGAAGGAGGAGCACAGAGGCGAUGGAGCGGAGGAGGAGACGGUGUGGACAGAAGGUGUUUGUGGACAGCUUGAACGGGUGCUACAUGUCCCUGGCUGAAAGAUAUGGAGGCCUGACAUGAGAGGAGAGACGUGGCCCGGAGCUAACCGCACCAAGAACCAACAAACUUACUGUAAAGUGUAUAGUUACUGUAAAGAAAACAAUGAUACCAUACGUCCUGUAAAGUAGUAUCGUCUUGCCAGACACUUACUUAGAAUGAAAGUGUCUGCUAAAUAUUCAUCCUAUUAUAAUAGACAAAGGCGAAAAUCUCUGUGGUACCUAACAAAGUGUGAGGUGUUCUGUUGCGAUGAUGAAACUAGUGUUGUAAUGAUAAGUCUGUGGCACAGUGCAAUUAUGCUAAAGCAAACAAACAAAGAUGAUUGAUUGCUUGUGUACAAAUGAAGUGCACUUUUGAGUAGAGAGACUUGUAGCUCAUGAUGUCCCUCUUUCUGCUGCAGUGAGUGGUAUUGUGCAGUGAGCCUGGCCUCAGGUGUGUGACAGCGUUGCUUUAUUAUUAUAGAAUGGCAGUUUGAAAGCCUAUUACGCCAAGGAUGUUUGCUUUCAAGUCGGUGUCUUUAACUGAAAUCCACAUAGGGCUACUAAAAACCUUCCCCAAAAGCUUCCUGUGAAAUUCAACCAACGCCUUUCGCACAAGCCCUUAUUUGAUGAAUGAAACUCAUCUUGACCUGAUUUCAAGCUUUGUAGUUCUCCAAGCAUAAGGCACCAUGAUAUCCAAUGUUGUCUUAUUGUAACUGUAGCGUUGGUUUUAGUACUAUUUAUUUAUAUUCUGAAAUCAUAUUGACUCCAGUGUUAACUGUACCCCUGUAAUCCUUUUAUUGUGUAGCACUUAAAUUAUCCCCUGCAUGUGUCAGAGCAAAAUAAGAAGUUUUGAUGUUGAUGUGAUCCUUAGGCCACUAUAACUCUACAUUAAUAGAGUUUAAACUGCCAUUGUGGUUUUGCCUGGGUGCCAGUCUGUUUCUGCUGUUGCCAUAUAACACUUUCAAAGCCUGGGGAAGAAGGAGAAUCUGUGCAUUAAUGACUCUGAUCCUUAUAAUGUGACAAAGUGGUAGUUGUACAUGCUAGCAUGAUUAAUUAUGCAUUUAUAUUGUAA